AUGGAGGGCCAGGGCUACGGGGGUGAAAAGCUGAUUCAUUGUCUUCUGUGCCGUAACCACCACCGUGUAACCCAUGCUCCAGAGGAGAGCGCCACACUCCUGGCAGCUCACGGGGCUCUGGUGACACUGGUUAAGCCCAGGGAGAAGCCUGGGACUGAGCCAGAGGAGGUGAAGCUUCAGCAUGCCAGCAAGCAGAUUGUACAGAACGCCAUCCUGCGAGCCAUGCAGCAAGUCUCCCAGGAGAGCCUGCGGAGGGAAGGCAGACCCAGUGACAGCCGGGCCAGGGGCCAGCUGGGAGGGUGCGAGCUGACCAAGAAGCACGAGAAGAAGUAAUAGGUGCUGGCUCUGGCUCUUGUCAUCCCGGUUUCUGCCUUUUCUGGUAGUGUAGGACGUGCCACCAGAUGUCGCCAAGAGGCAAACCAAAGUGUCAUGGAUGCCCAUCAGUAGGAUGAGUUCAUGCUCGUCUUUGUGACAAGCUGUGGUUUGCAAACCUGUGUUAGGGACUCUUCGUAUAUCUGUGGGGAGACUGGGAGCAGCUGAGCCAGAUGUGGGUUUCACACUGCAGACGUCAUUUUGUAACACAACCUAUUUUCCUAUUUCUUUUUUUAAAAAAAGGAUUCUACGUCAUAUUUAUUUAUGCAUUUUUUCCCAUGAAUUCAACCAGCGGUCUUUAUUGCCCUUCUGAGUCACUGAGGGUGGUUCUGUGUUCUUCAUAAAUAUUAAAAGACACACU